AGAGGAAAGGCAGAGGGACAGUGCUGCUGCUGUGAGGUCAUAGCUGAGUCCGUAGUGUGUCUUACCAAUACCCUGACUCAAUAUCUGCUUUAUGUGAGAAUGCAAUGAAAUGACUUGGCUCAGGUCGUCCAUCUGUGCCUUUAAAAAUCUUCAGGCCCAUAUUAGACUCUGCCAGAAACCACAUUUAAUUAGACACUAUACAUGCUGGACUCAUUGCAGACUGUCAGUUUACCCAAAUGACCUAAUAGUGCCUCCUCACAGAUUUUUUCCUGCACACUCUAGUGCUUUUUUGACACUUCCAUCUGGAAAUAUCACAGUAUGUCCCGUCAGACUUAAAAGCAAGAAAAGUCAGAAAAAAAGCAAACAAGGUUCUAUAGAGGAUGAAGAAUCAGAGAAAGAGGAUAGUGCAGAAGACCUUAGCGACUAUGAAGAUGAACCUGAAGGGGGCACACUUCUACAGAAAGACUACAAAGAUAUUGAAAAAGCUGUGCAGUCAUUUCGGUAUGAUGUAAUCCUGACGGCUGGACUUGACAUAUCAAGACAUAAAGUGGAAGACGCGUUUUAUAACAGUUUACUGCGCCUGAAUGGGGAAAAGCUUUGGAAGAAAAGUAGAGCGGUAAAAAUUGGAGACAUUUUGGAUUUAAUAAUUGAGGAAAAUAAGGAAACUGAAACUACAACUGUAAUGAGAGUUAUAUUAAAGAAUGUGUCAGAAGAAAAGACUGCAAGUGAAAAAUACAAAGUGCUUUUGAGGCGAUGGAAAAACUUAAGAAUUGCAAAAGAAGAAAAAAAGACUUAAAACUGCUCAUGUUGGGACCACCUAAGGUGUUAACAAGAAAUGCUACAUCUAUUCCUAUAGCUAUUUUGUUUUCAUUAUAUUAAAAUUAAAAAAAAAAUCUCCUGUAAAUGUUUACACGUGUGAUCUUUGUGAGAACACUGUGAACUGUCUAUUAAAGAAAAAUUCUAUUGUUUUUAUGGAAA